AUGGCAAAAGUGGCGGCGGAAAGUUGCGGGUCGGCGCCGGCCGAGGACUUGUCCAAGGUGUCGGACGAGGAGCUGCUCAAGUGGAGCAAGGAGGAGCUGAUCCGCAGCCUCCGCCGCGCCGAGGCCGAGAAGAUGAGCGCGAUGCUGGACCACAGCAACCUCAUCCGCGAGGUGAACCGCCGCCUCCAGCUCCACCUCGGCGAGAUCCGCGGCUUGAAGGAUAUCAACCAGAAGCUGCAAGAGGAUAACCAGGAGCUGAGGGACCUGUGCUGCUUCCUGGACGACGACCGACAGAAGGGCAAGAAGGUGUCCCGGGAGUGGCAGCGGCUGGGCAGGUACAGCGCCAGCGUGAUGCACAAAGAGGUGGCCCUGUACCUGCAGAAGCUGAAGGAACUGGAGGUGAGACAGGAAGAGGUGGUCAAGGAGAACCUGGAGCUGAAGGAGCUGUGUGUGCUGCUGGAUGAGGAGAAGGGCGGCGGGGCCGGGAGCCGGAGCUCCAUCGACAGCCAGCUCAGCCUGUGCCAGCUGACGGCGCCCAGCGCCUACAUCCGAGACGUGGGGGACGGCAGCAGCACCUCCAGCACGGGCAGCACAGACAGCCCCGACCACCACAAACACCACCCCAGCACCAGCCCCGAGCACCUGCAGAAGGCUCGGGGGGAAGGCAGCCCCGAGCACCAGAAGCACCGGAGCAUCAGCCCCGAGCACCUGCAGAAGCCGCGCGGCUCCGGCAGCCCUGACCACCACCUGAAAGGGCCGAGCCCCGAGCACCACAAAGCCGUGGUCAAAGUCCCCGACCAACAAAAGCACAGCAGCAGCAGCCCAGAAACUAUCCCAAAGCACGUGCUGAGUAGUAGCCCCGAACACUUUCCAAAGCAGAGGCCUGGUGGCAGCCCUGAGCACCAAAAGCACAGCGGUGGCAGCCCAGACCACCUGCAGAAGCACACGCCGAGCGGGAGUACGGAACACCUGCACAAGGUGAGGGGCACCAGCCCAGAGCACCUCAAACAGCACUAUGGAGGCAGCCCCGAGCACCUCAAACACCUCAGCGGAGGCAGCAGGGAAGGGACCCUCAGGAGACAAGUGACAGAGGACCUGUCCCCUCACCACAGGAGUAUUUACAACGGAAUGAAUGGUUUUUUGCGGUGCCACGAAGUCCAUAAAGGAAACAACAUGACAACAAAGUAUUCCAACAAUGUUUUUUUUCCUAACCAGCUCUCCAAGCACCAAGACCAAGGGCUCUUCAGUCUUAACUGAACAGCAGAAGGUGCCAGAAUCUAUGUCUCCUCUGUAAAUGACCUUUUGAUUUAUUCCUGUUGUUGCAUCACCUGGUCUGCGCUCCACUCCAUAAUGCUGAAUGCUACAUUCUCACCACUUACAACCAUAGCACGUGCAAAUAUUUUGGACAACCAGGAGGACAAAAGCAUCCUGAGCUUUUAUUAAAAUAAGUGCUACUUCCAGCACGAAGCCACUGGGAUUUGUGUGUUUUACCUUCCCCGUGAAUGGAAUAAACCUGGACGAUUUUGUCCCUUUUGAGCAUACUGGAAUGUUGUAUUAAGGCUGGUAAAAAUGAAUUGCUGGAUUGCCUGGCAGCAUGGAAGGGACUGGUCAGACUCUUGGAAGCAUGGAUCUCAUGGUUUUAUCCUGUCAAGUCACUUCAUCAUCCUGGCUUUGUCCAGAAUGGGUUGGACAGCGUUGGCUCCUUGUAUUGAUCACAGAACUGCAAGUACAUCCAGCUGCAGACCCCUGGAAUACUGACAAGAUGGUUGGGGAGGUCCGGAAAGAGAUGUAGCACAACAGGAUUUGCUUGUCCCACAUUCCUGAUAACUCUACAACAGCCCCAAAUCAGCAAAGUGCAUUCUUUGUACUUAGAGGACAAGUCAAGGCUUAUCAACUGGAAACGUGUCCUUCAGGCCCUGAAGCCACAAGUCAUUUUCCUGGGCCACAUGUCCUACUCCACCUCUCUUGAUCCAUGGGGUUUUUACUUGAUUUUACUUUUCACUUAGAAACCCAACAGUUGAUUCCAAUAGCAUUUUGGAAAAUGGAGAUUUGAAGGAUUAGUGAAGAAUGUUUGACUGAGAAUUUCUGUUGGUGUUGAGAGCAAAAUCCCUUUUGAAUUUAUCUACAUGGAAAGUUCUGUAGUUUAAAUGUACCAAACCUUGGCUGUGUCUGCCUCGUGCUUAGUAGGGAUGCACUUGGCACAUGGAUUUUUCACUCAAGUGACGUUAGAUAUUAGUCCUGCCUGUAGGAUUUUUAGAUAUUCAUUGUCUUCAUUGCAGGGGAAACAGGAUAUUGCCUGUGAAGAGGCAGUCAGGUGACAGCCUGGGGAGCAAGAGGCUCUGGAAGCUCUUGGGAAAGGAUCUAUAAUGGAAGAUGAAGUGACAAGUAGAUCUCCACUCCCUGAGAUGAGAAAAAUCCAGAUAGUGUUUAUAUUCUGUUUACUAGGAAGUGCUGUUUCCCAGGAAACCAGGAACAUUUUAAUUGUAAACACUGAGCCUUCCUGGACUGGGUUUUUGCCCCUCAGUGUGGUACUCAGGUGUGAGAGGCUGACAGUGUGGAGGGGUGAGAUUUUGGGGGUAGAUAAGGCAUGUUUGCUAAUGCCUGUUCCCAUAGGAUGGGAGAUCUGAGCAUCCUCUGCCUCCUCAUGGCUCAGGGGGCUCCCUCAACCUGUGCUGUGGCACCAGUGCCGUGGAAUCAUCUGAUCCUGUG